UAAUCACUCUUCACGUUCACCAACACCUAUAAAAAGACGUUCAAUCAAUGAUAUUGAUCCCUUAAUUUCAAUCACACCACCAUCUCAAAAUUCGAACAAUAAUCUUUCCCCACGUUUGCCAACUCUAACCAAAAGACGAUCCACCAAUGCAAUUGAACCACUUAUUUCAAAUUUACCAUCACCUCAAGACUCAUAUAGUCAAUUUAAUAAUUCGUCUUCUUCUAUAAAUCCUCCACCACCUUCGCAUUCUCGUCGUUCGAGACCUGGUUCUUACGUUCCUACAAUUCCACUGAUUAGUUUGAUCCCACCAUCUUAUA